GGUCAGAGAUCAAAGACAAACAGUAACAUUCUGAAUGUGACGUCAGCAUUCCAUAAUUCCUUUGACAGAAUCAGUCAGCAGGCUUUCAGAUGAGAUGUAUUAAUACAACAAUCACACUCGAUCCAGAAAGACAUCUUUUAGAAAUGGCUCCAACAAUACCACUUUACAACAAAACCAAUUUUCAGAUAGAAGAACAGGAAGUUCUGCCUACUACGUCAGGUGGCUACCUGGUAGAGACCUUUCUGGGGGAGGGGAGGUUUGGGAAAGUGGCCAGAUGCCUAAAACUAAAAACCAAUGAGAAGAUGGCGCUGAAGAUUGUGCGGACUGACGCAGGCACGACUGGCAAAAGAGAGGUGGCCAUGCUAAGAAGACUCAGGAAGCUUGACGAAGACAAGAACAACUUGGUCAGGAUGACCGAGUAUUUUAGGCACAAAGGACACUACUGUCUGGUGUUUGAAAUGCUUGACACGAGUCUGCACGAUCUGAUGAAAGAGAGGAACUCCAAGCCGCUGUGUUUGUCUGGGAUCAGAGUGAUCUCCCAGCAGAUGCUGGUGGCUCUGAAUGCCCUCAAGAGCAUCGGCCUGCUGCACACAGACAUCAAACCAGACAAUGUGAUGCUGGUUAACCACAAGCUGCAGCCCUUCAGGGUGAAACUGAUUGACUUUGGUUUGGCUGCUACAGUUUCCACAAUGUUCCUUGGCACCAUUCAGGCCCUCGGCUACAGGGCCCCCGAGGUCAUCCUGGGCCUCCCAUUGGACGAGGCUGUAGACAUGUGGUCUCUGGGCUGCGUUUUGGCCUUCCUGUACCUGGGCAAGCACCUGUAUCCAACACACUGCGAAUACGAGGUGAUGAGAGUGAUCGUGCAGAUGCAGGGUCAGCCCGGCGAUCGCCUGCUGAAUAACGGGAUUAAUACCAGGAACUUUUUCAGCAAGAACAAAGAGUUCUCCGUUCCAAAAUGGAGGCUGAACACUCAAAAGGAAUACAAGCUCAAAACAGACUCCAUGACCAAAUGCCGCAAUGGCAUUUACGACAAGUUGAACAGUCUGGAGGACGUGGCAAGGUUCCACCCAACAGUGAAGCAGGCCACCGAGUAUGAUGACACACUGGCUUUUUUAAGCCUCCUCAAACGGAUGCUGCAUGUGGAUUGUAAAAAGAGAAUCUCCCCCAGCGAAGCUCUUGGGCACCGUUUCAUCACAAUGAGACACUUACCUCGUCACACUCACGACCGCUCUUAUGUGACUGCAGCACGUUCCACCCUCAGAGACUGCGGACUGUCGAAGCAGUCGUCAGUCCAGUUCAAGCGCUUUGUAACGUCCAGCGAAGCGGUACAUUGGAAUGAAGCGUCCAUUGCUAACUCGAAUGACUCACUAUCAGCCGAUGAAGAAACUGCUGCUGGCCCUAAUGAGGCAGCUUCACCCGCCUCUGUUACCCAUCAUUCAGACGGGGUCAACGGCAGCAGUGAUAACGAGACCUACAGAAGCCUCGUCGAAGUCAAAACCUGGAAGUUUUUCAAGAUGGCCUGGCGGUUCUUCACUAGGAUUUUUAAGUUUGUACGUUGCUGCAGAGGUGAUGUUACAAAUGAAAGACACGCCACAUCUGAAUGAAGACAUAUCGUCAGCCAACACUCACUGCACAGCAAGAAGGUUCGGGGUUGGAACCUGCCUUCCUGCAUAGAGCUGUGGACGUCCUCCCCAUGGCUACGUGGGUUUACUCCGGUUCCCCUCUCUCCCACAGUCCAGGCACAAGCAGAAUAGGUUUACUAGUGCCUACAGAAGUGACCCUGAAAACUAUAUGUGGGUAGAGA